CUGCCCCCGGGGAGGGGGCGCCGCGCCUGGAUUAUCCCGAGCUGGGUCGAGCCUCCUGGAUCUGCCUCUCUCCUCCGCGCCGAGUGAAUCCGAGGUGUCCUCGUCCUGAUCCAGAUAGAUCUACCCCCCCUUCUCUCUUUUUUUUUUUUUUUUUUCCUCCCCUCCUCUUCCCGUCGCUGCUUUUUUUGGGGGGUGGGGGGGGGGCGGGGGGUGGAAAUUUGUCAAGGUCAUUCCGUGGAUUUAAUAUUUUUUGUGUGUGUGUGCCGCUCGCCCCACCGCCACCGCCACCCAGCCUUGCUCUGUGGAUUAUCAUCGCCCUGGAUCCGAGGCUCUGAACAGCAGGAUUUUUUUUUUGUUGUUGUUGUUGAUUUUUUUUUUUAAAUUAUUAUUAUUAAUAUUUUUUAAGGGCUCCGGGGUUUGGAGAGGGGAAGCGGUGAGUUGGAGGGGGGGCGACUUUUCUCUACCCCCCCCCCCGCGCCCCCCCACCUCCACCCCUCUACACCCCCCCCGCGCCCGGCCUUCUCCCCCCACCUCCUUUUUUUUUUUUUUUCCCUUAAUUUUUAAUUAUUUUUAUUAUUAUUAUUAUUAUUUUUAAAUUUUUUUUAAUUUGCUUCUUCUUCGGCGAUGGAUGGGAAAAUCCGGCAGAGCCGGAGGUCGAGGUCGCAGCGGGACCGCGUGCGGCGGCGGGAGGCGGCGGCCCGCGACCCGCGGAACCAGAGCCCGUCGUCGGGCUCCGAGAAGGAGCCGAGCCCCGGGAAGGAGAACGGCGGCCAGAACUGCACCGCCCCGCGGGGCCCGCCGCCCGCCGCCCGCGCCGCGCGGCCCCCGCGCCGCCGCCGCCGCGAGUCCAGCUCCCAGGAAGAGGAUCUGAUCGAUGGCUUCGCCAUCGCCAGCUUCAACACCCUGGAAGCGCUGGAGAAGGACAUGUCGCUAAAGCCUCAGGAGAGGAAGGAGAAAUGGGAGAGGCAUCCAGGAAAGAAACCCAGAGAAUCUGAAAACUGUGUGUCUGCUGAGCCGAGUGAAAAUGGCCAUAACAAUGAUGCUGGGAGCUCUGAGAGAGAGGCAGAGAGAGGCAAAGAGCGGAUGAAGAAGAAACUCCCCCUGAAGUCCAAACAGAUGAAGGUCCCUACAAGCAGAAGUGGCAGAAAUAGCGAGGAAGACAGCAUCAGGGAGGCCACAAGCUCUCAGCGGAGCAGCUCAAGGGACCGUCUCAGUGAUAGUUCUGCUCAAUCGCUUUCAGGAAGAGGCUACUCCUGUGACAGCGAGAGCGAUAUAGACGAUAAGACCGCAACGGAACUGGAGCUGACUCGUAUCAGGAGUGCCUUGAUAACAAGCAAGGCUUCUGUAGGCUCUGAGAAGCUGUUCUCUCCUGCAGCAAAUAAAGGUCCCACCUUGAAUGACAAGCCAGAAGCGAAAGCAGCCAAUGUCCCAAAGGUGUCUGGGCUAGAGCGGAGCCGGGAACUGAGCACCGACGUGCCCUUCGCCCUGCCCAUCCCCAGCCCCCAGCCAGUAGCUGCCGUUGUGACUUCUACUUCCUCAGCGCCCACGUCAAGUGCCAGAGCAAGCCCGCUGUUGAAGAAGGAGCCAGUGAUUUCAGCACCAGCACCACCAAGGCUCACGCCUCAGCCGCAGCCUCGGCCACAGUCACAACCUCAACCUCGGCCGCAGUCGCAGCCUCAGCUAAUCCCUGACCUUCGGAGCCAGCCUCCGAGCCACAUCCCUCCGCCUCUCAACUACCAAGUGCAUCACCAGGUGGCCCACAACGGACUCAAUAAUAUCAGCCGGAGCAGCAGUGCUAGCAGUGCAACAAGCAUCAGCCUCCCGAAACACCUUCCGCUGUCGCCCCAGAUUCCUCCUCACCAUUCCUCCGGCCCGGCUCUGCCCCUCUCCAUCUCCAAUCUUGCUACCUCGCACUUCUCUCUCAGAUCGCAGACCCAGCACCAGCACCAUCCGGCCAUGUUCGCCACCCCACCCACGCUGCCACCUCCACCAGCGUUACCCACCAACAGCCUCGUGAUACCAGGGCACCCUGCGGAUCACGAACUGCUCAGGCAAGAGCUGAACAACCGGUUUUUGGUUCAGAGUUCGGACCGGGCCGCUGCCUCACUUGGCCCGGUGCCGCUGCUGAGAGCGGAGUUUCACCAGCACCAACACACGCAUCAGCACCAACACACCCACCAGCACACAUUCACUCCUUUUCCAUCCAGCUUGCCCCAGACGCCGCUCAUGCCGCCCUCUGCACCUCCCAUGGUGCGUACCCCAGCCCAAAAUUUUGACAAGUACGCUCCCAAAUUAGACAACCCCUACUUUCGACAUUCCAACACUUCAAACCCUAUUGAUGUAGCAGGUAGACCAGGCACAGUCCACCAUACGCUGCUGCAGAAGACUCCAGGGGUGUCAGACCCUUAUAGGCCUCCAGUAAGAGUAAGUAAGAAACCCGGGAAGUGGUGUGCGGUUCACGUACAGAUCGCCUGGCAGAUCUACCAUCACCAGCAAAAGAUGAAGCAAAUGCAGCUGGAUCCCCACAAGCUAGAGAUAGGUGGUAAACUUGACCUGUUCAGCAGACCUCCCGCCCCUGGAGUGUUUCCAGGCUUCCAUUACCCACAAGAUCUUGCCAGGCCUCUGUUUUCUACCACAGGUGCGACACAUCCAGCCACCACCCCUUUUGGUCCUUCCCCUCACCACAGCAGUUUCCUGCCUACAAACCACUUGGCAGAUCCAUUUAGCAGGUCAAGCACCUUCAGCGGCCUUGGGAACUUAGGCAGCAAUGCCUUUGGAGGAUUAGGCAGUCAUGCUCUGACUCACAACAACAUUUUUACCCACAAAGAUGGCCCAAACCUGCAGAAUUUCAACAAUCCCCACGAGCCAUGGAACAGACUCCACCGGACCCCGCCGUCCUUCCCAACACCUCCCCAGUGGCCCAAGCCCACGGAUUCGGAGCGAAGCUCCUCGGUGACAAACCAUGACAGGGACAGGGAGCGGGAGCCUGAGAAGAGGGAUCUCUCUCUGAGCAAGGACGACAGAGACAAAGAGAGAGACCUCAUGGAUAAAAACAGACAUUCAAACAGAUCCUCACCGGCAUCAGCUCCAGUGACACAUCAGAUAAGCAAUCUCAUCCGCAGCAACAGCCAGACCUCCAGCGAUGCCAUCAGGCAGGUCAGCCUCGGGGAGAGGGAAAGGUCCAAGGAACCCGAGCGGGAGCACCCGGAGCGGCUGCGAGAGCCGCCCAUAGCAGAACACAAGAUCAAAGAGAGCCGUUCCCCGGUGAAGGAAACUCCAAGCCAUGAAAAGAGACCCUCUGAGGACAACACAAAGCCAGUGAUCCAGUCUGUAUCCCCAUACAGCAAACCUGCACUAAGUGAGAGCCUGAAGCUUACCAAUCUAAUGAGCAAGGACAUGGAGAGAAAGACGGAGCUUCCCAGCGACCUCCAGAAGAUUAAGAAUGACAUCAAAGUCAAAGAGGAGAGGAAGGAAGACAGUGACGUGCUGGUGGUAGGGUCUGAGCCUUCACAGCACUCCCGGUCAGUGGAGCAUCCCCCACCACCUACUCUCCAUGGAUUAUCAUUGCCUCACUCAAUGGCUGCCUCCAUGCCCAUCUCCAUGGGCAGCGUGCACCAGAUGAACAACAUGAAUGUCCUGGACCGCAGCAGGAUGAUGACGCCGCUUAUAGGCAUGAACCCUUUGUCAGGAAGAGAGAGGCUGCCACAUCCUGGAUUUUCCUGGGACCCGAUGCGGGACCCGUUGCGAGAUGCCUACCGGAGCUUAGACCUGCACCGUCGAAUGGACUUCCAGCUCCGGACGGAUCCUAUCCAUAGGUUUCCUACCACCUCUGGCUUUUAUGACCACGAGCGAUCCUACAGAGACAGGGAACCACACGACUACAACCACGAGAACCUUCUUGAAGCCCGCCGAGAGCAGGAGCGGUUGCGGCAAGUGGAGGAGCGGGAGCGCUUGCACUUACGGGAAGAACUUGAGCGUGCCAGAAUGCACCACUUGCACUCGUCCCCCAUCGAAAGCCACCUGGCACACGUGCCAUCCUUCAUGCCUCAUUUAAGCGGGAUGCAUUACCCCAGACUGAGUCCAUCCACUGCCAUGCACAACGGGAUUUUAAACAGGAACCCGCCGACCGCAGCGCUGAGCGCGCCACCGCCUCUCGUACCAGCCAGCAGCACCAGACCUGCCUCCCCACGCAGGACUACCCCACUCACAAACUCAGAGUCCAGGGACUACUCCCCCUCUAGGAACCCCAAAGAAGUAGAGGCACGAUAGUCCCCGACAUUGAAUUUUAAACUCACCUGUACAUAAAACAAAACAAGCAAGCAAGCAAACAAACAAACAAACAAACAAAAAAAACCCACAAACAGGGAAAAAAAAUCAACAAAAAAAAACCCAACAAACCUUUUACAAAAUGCACUGCUGUAAACUUUUUUUUUUUUAAUGUAAAAUUUGUAGAAGUUAAGCACAUUUCCAUAAAUAACGGGGUUGGGGACUUUCCAACAAGAAGGUUGCUGAGAAUGGGAAUUUAAUAUAUAGGUAUUGAUUUUUGGUUUUGUUUUUUGUUUCUGUGCUAAAAAAAAAAAAUGAGUUGAGAAUAUCAAGUUUGUACAUUUUUUCCCAAAUGUGAGAAACAUUUUUAAUGGAUUUGUAUUUUUUUUAAUUUUGUGCUCUUUAUUCACUUAAAAAAAGAGAAGAAAUUUUGCUUUUGUUUUUAGUUAAAUUUGCAUUUUAAAGGCCUCAGAUCCUUAAGAAAAAAAUACCCAGGGUUUCUUAAAAGUAUUAUUUAUGGAAAUACUGUAGUUUUACAGUCCACUGUGAGGUUCCCUUCUGAGGCCAAUUGAUCACUUACCUUGGUACUUUGGAACCGAAGUUACAGAUAUAUAUUAAAAUAUUAAUAAUAAUAAUAAUGUACAAAACUGUUUGUUUUUUGCCUUAUUAUAUUAUGCAGAAAUUUAAGAGGAAUUUUUUUUGACUUCUUGUUUUAAACAAAAAAAGAAAAAAAAAGAAAACAAACUGUAAAUACUCUGUUAAUAUAAAUGUACACCAAUAUUAAAUUCUUAACAUAGGUAGAACUUUAUAAAAAUGGUUUCUAGAACCACUCUGGUUAUUUCUUAACAUGGUUACAACUCAUACUCUUGUCACAGUCAGAAAUUCACACUCAGAAAGCUAAGUACGGCAUAUAUACUUCAACUAUGCAAGAACUCGGAGGCAGGUCUUAGUGGAUGUUGGGGGGAGGAAGGUUUUAAAAAAAAUAAAAAAAAAAAAACAACCCAAAAACAACCAACUCGCAACUCUGGAGACAGAAUGGCAAUGGCAUGUGAACAGGAAGAAGGAUGCUUGUGUUUAACAAAAAAAAAAAAAAAAAAAAAAGAGAGACUGAAUUUUUUUGUACAAACACAAGGGACAGUUCGUCAAGGAAAGAGAGAGACACACACGCUCCUGGAAGGGAAUUUUGGUUUCCUACUUUUCAAGCUGGCAAAAGCAGAUGGAACUGGCACAGUACCAUGCGGCAGACCCUUUCCUUAUUUUUUUUUCCUUUUUUUUUUCUCUUUUUUUGUGUUGUGGGCAGGAUCGCUGGCAAGCAAGGACAAUUUUCCGUGGACCCCUUGUGCUAAUUGUGCAGUGUUCUUAUUGGAAUCUGUAUACAAGACAAAGUAGAAUUUUAGGAGUGCAAAAAAAAAAAAAAAGUCUAAUGGUUGAUUAAAAAAAAAGAAAUUCUGAUAUAUUAUCUAUAGUACAUGAAGACCAUAAGCAAAUGUUUGUUUCAGUGUGGUUCUGCCUUGAACUGCUUUUUGGCAUGAUUUAUUUUUUAUUUCCAAUUUUACUUUUCAUCCAUAUGUAAAUUUUGCCAUGUUUUACUUGCUGUACCAUCCCCCCUUCCCUUAUUUUAUUUUUCAGUGUCCAUGUUUUAUAUAUCCUGGGCUUUUUCUCUCUAGUUAAUUCAGCCAUCCGCUACUAUUUUCUUGGCUCUGUAACUCUUGUUUCCCCCCCCUCCCCAUCCUCCCCCCUGCACCCCCUGUAAUUUUAAACAUUCAGUUUCCUUGUAGAUCAA